GAAUUAAUGAGGUAGUUUCAAAUGAGCAUGUUGGCCUUGAAGCGAGUGGUCAUUGGGGAGUGCUUCGUUUGCUGAAUUUUGCUGAUUCAGAAUGAAUUUCGAUUGGAAAAUAAAAAACCAACAUACAGCGAAGUAUCACACUGAUACGGUUGAGUUUUGUCCGGAUGGGUCAAUGGUUCUGUGUGGUAGUUAUGAAUUAAAUAGUGUUAGUCAAGAACGUCUUGGAGGUGUGUUAUUAUUCAGUCGAGUGUCUAAUGAUCAGUAUAAUUUAUCAUGUAUUGUCCCGUGUCCUGGUGUAUUGGAUACGAGUUGGAUUAGUGAAAGUGUGUCAAUCGGUGCAUUGGCAAAUGGUUCAACAAAAUUGUGGAAUUGUACUGAUCAUUCAUCAAUAAUUGAAUUAAUCGAUUUUCAAGUAUCUGAUCAUAUACUUCUGUCUGUCGAUGCAUGUUCUGAUAGAUUUGUUUUCAGUGACUCAGGUGGUAAUAUUAGUUUAUGGAAGAUUGAUGUAUCGUCUUCUUCACAUCCUCAAGCAAUUGCUAAGUGGUGUGGACAUGAAUUUGAAGCUUGGUGUGCUUGUUUGAGUAAAUGGCAUAAUGAUUUAGUGUUUACUGGGAGUGACGAUUCUAAAUGUUGUGUUUGGGAUCUACGUCAAGGAUGUAAAAAACCUUUGACCACAAUCAGGCAAAAUAUGGGUGUGUGCAGCAUUCGAUAUCAUCCAGAUUUGGAGUACCUUUUUUCUACGGGAAGCUAUGAUGAAACAUUAUGCAUAUGGGAUCUACGUAUGGUGAAUUCUAUUAAAGAACUUAGCAAUCCUAUAUUUAAAUGUCAUUUCAAUGGUGGAGUUUGGCGGCAUAAAUGGGGUCCACAUAGUUUUGUUAUAGUUGCUGCAAUGCAUGCAGGAUUUGCUGUCACACACUUAUCUCAAUCGUCUUUCAACUCUAUUGAAAAGAAUCCUAUAUAUAAAUUUCGUCCUACUGACGAACAAUUGGCGUAUGGUAUUGAUUGGACAUUUGAAAGUUAUCAUAGCGGGGAUUUAUUGAAGCCUAUGGUUGUUUCUUGUUCUUUCUAUGAUAAUUCUAUAGAAUUUGGUGAAUUAACUAUAAACCUUAACCAAUAAUUUUUCGUUUUAACAAAUGUAUAUCUGUUCUGUGUACAAAGUUAAUAAAUCUCUGUGUAACCGGUUACUUUUUGUAUAAAACUUCCAUUUCACUUGUCGUGUAAGAAACGACAAGAGUGAGACACAGGAAGGAAUGUGUAUUAUUGACGUCUUGUACAGUGGUCAUCAGAUAUUGUAUAUUUUCCACUAAAACAGUCAUUUUUACAAUGUGCUUCAUUUUCUUUUCUGCUUGUAUCUCGAUUCGCUCUUAAUACGCUCACAUUGUCUCUUGCUUUUCACUGGGCAGAAUAUUUACCCAUUGCUGGUAAUUGCCUAUGAUUUCUGCUACUCUCCCGACAUGUAGUACUUAUAUUCAUUCUGAUCAGCUGUACCCACUUCAGUCGUAUUAUGUUCCCUCUAGUUCUACGAAUUUCAUGAUUUAGGCAAAACUUUCCUUUGAGAACGACCCGUUUUUGUAUUUUAUAAGAGAUAUUGUAUGCUAGACUUAUGCAGUGGAAAUCACUUUAUCGAUUCACUAGUUAACUGUUUUAUUUUAUCCUUGCUUUUCUUUAAUAUCAACAAAAUAAUUCGUUUUUAGAUUACUGUGUGAUGAACGUUCUACAUUUUACGUAACAAUCUUUUUCCUAAGAAUCAUCCGACCAUUUUAUAGUACAAUAAUAGUAUAAUUCUGUUUGCCGAA